GAGGAGGUUUUUUUUUAAAAAUACAAAUCGUCACCUCAAAAAGAGAGUAAGGAAGUAAGAAAAGACUAAAGAUUUAGGAAACUUAUUAGUAAUAAAUCUGAGAGACGUUGAGACGACGUUUGUGAGACGUUGACUAAAAAGAAGAGCAAUUAAAAGAACAUAAAAGGUUCUCCUCAGAGAUACAUACACAGCUGUAGUGUGCGGUCUUUCGGACAUGAUUUUAUUACCGGUCUGUUGAUCUAAUAAUUGAUUUUUAAAUGCUGAGUUAACAGAAAAAUAAAAGAAAAAUCAUAAAAAGAGUCGCUCGAGUGGAAAAAAGAAAUUGAAAGCUAUAAAUAAUUAUAUUAAUCUCUUCGGACCAUCUUGAGAUCAUCGACUGUGUGUGAAAUUUUCUUUCAAAACAAAAAAGAAGAAGAGAACCUUUUUUUUCUUUAUUUUAUCGAUUCCGCCACAUGAGAUCAUCAAUAAUAUUAAUGAAAAAUACCUAAAGGAAAGCUGAAAGAAGGAAACGAGAAGAUACCUGUUGAAAGAUUUCAGUUUGUACAUAAUUAAAAAGCUUCAUAUAAUAAAAAUUAAAAAAUUUAACAAAAAAAAGUAUGGAGCUGUGAAAGCAAUUUAUGAUGUGCAUAUAAAUGCGAUAUUGAUGUGCUAAUUGUGGAAACCUUAAAUCACACAACUGUUAUCAUGGACAACGGCUUUCUUCAACGUCCAACAAUGCUCCAUUUUGAGCACAUCAAGCAUAGCCCACAGUGUCAUGAGGCAUACACUUUUAUCAGGGAGGCAUCAUCUGUAUGGAAUUCAUCGUCAUCAGCUCAUGAUCUUUUUUACCAAUUGAACCUUAAGCCGACCGACGAACAAAUCAAUGACAUGCUACGUAAUGCAAAACUCUACACAACAAAUGCAAGAUUUUGCAAAGGAUUAUCGUUUGGGGAGUUUGCUGUGUUAGCUGCAGAUUAUCGGAAAUUUAGUCCAAAAAACAAUCACAAUGGAAAUCAUCCAUUCCAAAUCACCUCAUUAUCGCCGAAAAGUUCAUUACGGGUCAAGAAACAAAUAUUUACCGAUCAACAGCCACAGCGCUUACCUACGACGAAAGAAAAUACUGAAGAGUCAAAAGUUGAAGCACCAGAAGUAUUUUUGGGUGGUUCUUGUAAUCCAACAACAUGGAGAGCAGAUGUGGCUAUACCAGAACUAGAAAAACUUGAUAUUUCAUUCUUUAACCCGCAAGUAUCACAGUGGACACCAGAGCUAAUGCAAAUGGAGCAUCGAGCGAAACAAAAGGCUCGCAUUCUAUUCUUUGUAAUUGAUUCAGAGACACGAGCAUCUGCAGGGGCAAUAGAAGUAGCUCAUCUUUCCGGUCAAAAUCAGAAACCUUUAAUUCUAGUUUUACAUCCAUACAAGAGGAAUCAGAAAAUUUUUAAUGAACCUAUAUCCGAAGAAGAAUUCCUUGAUCUUUCUCGGAAUCAAAGAUUACUGAGGCAAUUAGUAACACGUCGUGGAAUUAGAGUACAUGACAAUAUCCUUAAAGGCUUACAAGUGAUAAAAGAUGUUUUAGGUGGCGAAGGACCUUACAAUAUUCCAAAAUCGUUGGGUUCUCGGUUGCUUUCCGUCCGUCGAUCAUUCGAUAGAGUAGUAACAAAUAACGAAAGUGGUCUUACAUUAAAACAAUGCAAUCAACAAUUAUUAUCGCUUGGCUACCGUCGAGAUCUCGUAUCAAGUGAGAAUUUAAAACGUAUUUUAAGCCUGGUACGAGAUGCGCUAAAUAAUCGUAACGAAUCAACACAAUUAAGCUCAACUGAAUCAUCAUCAUCAUUUUUAUCGCAUUCAUCGUCUGAGAUAUUGGAAAGUAAUAAUUCAGAGACACACAACAUCACAUUUGAAGAAUUCUGUGUAAUUUCCUCAUAUUUAUCUGUAUUACAACAAGAGAUAGAAGAGAAUACUUGUGUAUCGCCAAUUAAAGGGACUAAUUUACCACCACCGCCUAUCUAUCUUACAAAUACUCCAGAGGUUUUGAAUCACUACAGUAAACAGUGCUCGCAAACAGACGAGAAUAAUACAAUAGUUGGGAUCUGUCCGCAACAACAAAAUCAUCAGCAACGUCACUCGAUGUCAAAUAAAAGCUUUACAAUUGAAGCUAGCAGAAGUGAAACUGUCUUAAUGAUGUCCAAUUCAAAUGGUCCGAGAAGUGACAGUAGUCGUGACAGUGGAACGUCAUCACCACAGCCCAAUGAAAAUAAUAGAUUGUUGAAUGGUUGCAGUGGGAGUUCUCUAAACACAAAAAUGACGUGUACUUAUCGACGAACGGAUUCAACAAGAACUCAAAUUGAAGACGAGUUUAAUGACAUUGACAGUGAUUCAAAUGAUUCAGUCUUUAGUACGAGCAGUUCUCUUGACGAGGAUCUGAUGCAUGAAGUUAAGGACAUUUAUUUGGGCGGUAGCUGUAUGCUACGAUCAAAGUGGCGACGAGAAAUUGCAAUUCCAUAUUUAAAGUCAAAAAACAUUUCCUUCUUCCUUCCAACAAUUCACGAUAACUUAAUUAUGAAAGAUCCAAAAAGGGUGAAAAAGAAUACAAAUGGAGGCUAUAAGUUGGAAGAAAUUGGCGCUUGUGAGGAGUCACCAAUGUUCAAUCCACGUAUACUCGAUUCUAGUCGAGUUCUACUCUUUGUAAUUACGAAUGAGACGAGAAGUUUAGCUCCAAUGACAUUAGCUGCUCACUACAUUGGAUUGGCUUAUAAUGUUGUACUUUGUGUACAAAUGCUGCCUGAAAAUUGCACCAUUGGAAGUGAUAAGCUAACGUCUACAGCAAUUAAAGAUUACAAUCGUGGCCGUGCAUAUUUGAGAGACUUAGCUGAGCGUCAAAACAUACCUGUAUUUAGUGAGAUUAAAGAAGCGCUAGAUUGCGCUAUCGAUAAAGUUAAGCUGUCUAAACCUCGUUGUUCUGUUUAAGAAUUAACAUUUUUGCAUUUUUUGGAUGCGAGAAAUAUGAGAAAUUAACGAAAAUGGAGAUUUAGUUCCGAUUUUUCAACGGAGCAAUUUAAUUUUAAUUAAGAAUAAUGACACG